AUUGACUCGGUCCAACGCACGUUGACGAUGAAGAUUUUUGCUCUUGCGUCCGUGCUCGCGCCAGUAUACGCCAAGAUUACCAGCUCGGCGCUGCGUGCGAUCGAGCAAGAUGCGACGUUCACUGCCUUUAUCACGUUCAAGUCGUCGCCGGCGGCCGAGACGGAAACCGCGACGGUGACGGCUGUGGAGCGUCGCCAGGCUCUUUUUGACGAGGCAACCACCGUGGCUAACGACCGCAAGCAGACGCUGUCCGAGAUUGUCGGUGACCGCAAGGUCAAGGCGUUCUGGAUCACAAACGCGGCCACGGUCGAGAAGGUUGACCGUGCGCUUGCCGACAAGAUCGCCACGCUCGACAACGUUCUCAAAGUCGACGUGGUCAAGACGAUCAAGCUCAGCCCGGUCCUCAAGAAGGACAGUACGCUGGACAACUCGCCUAUUGACAACUCUCGUCCGACGGGCAUUCAGUGGGGUGUCAAGACGAUUGGCGCUACUGACGUCUGGAAGACGACCAAGGGCGAAGGCGUCGUCGUUGGCUCGAUCGACACGGGUGUUCGCCACACGCACGAGGCCAUCCAGUCCAAGUGGCGCCAGGCCAAGGGCUGGUACGACCCGUACCUUCAAACGGCGGUGCCCGAAGACAUCGAUGGCCACGGCACCCACACGAUCGGCACCAUGGUCGGUGACUAUGGUAUCGGUGUUGCCCCUGGUGCCCAGUUCAUCUCGUGCCGUGGCUUGUAUGUUGGCGGUGGUACGAACGCGGCCUUGAUUGAGUGCGCCGAGUUCAUGAUGUGCCCGACCGAAACGGACGGGUCGCGCCCCGACUGCAAGAAGGGCGCCAACGUCGUCAACAACUCGUGGGGCAGUGACUCUAGCACCGACCCGUGGUAUCAAGACAUCGUCGACGCGUGGCACAAGGCCGGUAUCACACCCAUCUUUGCCAACGGUAACGAAGGCCCUGCCUGCGCGACGGCCGGCAACCCGGCCAACUACCCCAACGUUAUUUCGGUCGGCGCGAUUGGCUCGCGCACGGACGACCCGACGCAGCUUGCGUACUUUUCGUCCAAGGGCCCGGCGCAGUACGUCGACCGUUUGAAUCAGGUGCACACGAUCGUCAAGCCCGACGUUUCAGCACCCGGCUUCUUUACGUACUCGGCCCUCAACACGAGCGACACGUUGUACGAGUACGAGGCGGGUACCUCGAUGGCAGCCCCCCAUGUUGCCGGUGUCGUCGCUCUGCUCAAGUCGGUGCAGAAGGACUUGACGUACGACGAGAUCUACCACUACCUCACGACGACGACCGAGCAGUCCAUCUUGCAAGCCGAGCCGGAAAAGUGGCUCCUCUCGCGCAACCGCACGCUUCCUGGCGCACCCAACUGUGGCGGCGUCUCGGAUAAGGCGUGGCCCAACAACCGAUAUGGUUACGGUCGCGUCAACGUUGCCAAGAUCAUCAAGGAUGGCAAGCUCCCGGUGCCGCCGCCGGCUCCGACGUCGGCGCCUCUCAAGCCUGCGGCGACCAUCUCGCUUUGCAACUACAAGCACAGCGUUCUCUCCGAGUGGAACGGCCAGCUCUUUGUCGACACGGAGAAGAAGAAUUUCAACGAAAAGUUCUGGUACAACUUUGACGACCAGUCGAUCCAGUCGCAGAGCAACAACGCGACGUGCCUCGACGUCUACCAGGACGUCCAGGGCAAGAACCAGGUGCGCCUCUACGCGUGCACGGGCGGGUCGGCGCAGAAGUGGGGCUUUGAACCCAACUCGCACAGCCUUCGCCACUUGACGGUGCGCAACCUCUGCCUCGAGUCGGCCCACCUCACGCCGGGUGCGUCGCCUUUUGUCGCCGACUGUACCGGUGGUAUCAGCCAGUGGUUCACCAAGUGCGAGGAAGCGCCGGCUGCCAAGAGCUACGUCAAGCUCGUCACCAAGGACAAGAAGGCCAUCUCCGAGUUUUACUCGGGCGUUUACGCCAACUGGGUCUCGGACUCGGCCAACGAGCUCUUUACGUACGACUCCAACGCCAAGACGCUCCAGGCGGCCAGCAACGGCCAGUGCCUCGACGCCUUCCGUGACGGCGACAAGUUUGGUCUUCACACGUAUGCCUGCGACGCUACCAACGACAACCAAAAGUGGAUCAUCGAUGCGGCCAACCACAAGAUCAAGCACGCGACGCACAACAACUUGUGCUUGGACGUCGAUCCGACUAACCCGAGUCAUGUGGCGCAGGUGUGGGAGUGCCACAACGCCAGCACCAACCAAUGGAUCGACGUUGUCGCGUUCUAACUCGAUACGCUUUGCGCCUUUGUAGCAGCCCCACCGAGGAGUAUAUACGGCCAACAUGGACUGUAUGGAAAUGACUUGUUUUGCUGGUACCAGCUGCAGUGCAUCGAAGUGCUUGCUAAGUGAAAGCAAUGACCGAUAUCGCAAUGAGAAGGGCCUACGUGGGACACUAAGAAUCUCA